UAUAGUAUUAAGUAUUAACCUUUACUUAGAGAAAAGCUUAUUAUUAAGCUAUAAUACAAUGGAAAGAGUGAAUGAGUUAGCAAAAUCAAAGGCAGUUGUUAUACUUGUCAAAACCUCAGAUUGUAUGUGUCAUAGCAUCAAGUCACUAUUCUAUGACAUGGGUGCAAGUCCCGCAGUGUACGAGAUUGAUCGCGAUCCUAGAGGUCGAGAGCUCGAGUCUGCAUUGCAGAAGUUAGGGUGUAAGCCUAUUGUCCCUGCAGUGUUCAUCGGAGGCCGAUUCGUCGGUUCUACUAAGGAUGUUCUUGCUGCCCAUCUUACAGGCUCCCUCAAAGAAAUGCUAAUUGCUGCUAAGGCUAUCUGGUUCUAACUAUAUUUACUUGUUCCUAAAACUCGAACGCCAUUUUUUAUUUUUUUUUUUUCAAUUGCAGCAUUGUUCAUAGGGCUUUUCUUUUUGUAAGCUCUUGAUAUAGCUGCAUAUAUACUAAGAUGAACUAGAAAUGUAACUAGGUAUAAUAAUAUCAUCAGUUACGUUUACUAUAUAUACAAGUAUAACACUUAAGAUAUUUACUAUCUUCGAUCCUUAAUUUAUUUGACUAUUUUUGAAGGGGCAAAAAUAGUCAUUAAAUUAGGUUCAAUCCUGGAUAUAUUUGGGUGAUAGAGUCUUUUGAGUUGAGUUAAUAAUCGAUUUCUAUAUAAUGUCUAAUCUCAACUUUUUAUGAUAGUGAUUUGAUCGUGUCAGCGUUAUCAAAUCUAUAUAUAAGCAUUCAAUUAAACCAAUAAACACUAUGUAAAUUCUCAUACAUUUAUGUAUAUUAUGCUUUGUACAAUGGUAAAAAAAGAAAAAAAAAAUCUUCUUAUCUUGAAGAGAACAAUACAUUUAUCAAUUGAGCUCAUUAGAUAAUAUAUAUAGACAUUAAAAAG